AUGAAAUUUAAAAAUAAACCUUAUUCUCGUGCAUUUAACUUUCCAAAAAUAAAUUACACACGCCGUCUUUUCUUCUCAGGAAGGAAGUCCGACGAGAUGAGCUUUAAGGUUGACUAACCAAGAAGUUAACCUAAAUUCGAUGGAGGUGUCAUCGGAGUUGUACUCAGAAUUUGAGUACGAAACCGAUUCAAAGCCGACAGUGGAUCCUUGCAAUGUCGUUUCCAAAUUUUCUUUCAUCUAUCCCAUAUCACCCACCGUAACCGAUUCCGAUGGUGAUUUAGUUGUUAGAAGGAAAUCUGAAGAGAAGAGAGGAAUAAUCGAAAUCGAACAUAGUAAACGAACAGAGUUAUCAUUGGUGGGUCUUCAGGUAUGGCGAGGCGCUUUACUAUUGGCCGAUUGGAUACUUUACAUCAGAGAGGAGUUGAUAAAACGAAAUUUGAAAAUUUUGGAACUCGGUUCUGGCACCGGAUUGACUAGUAUUGUAGCUUCUAUGUUUUCCGAUGUGAUUUGUACAGAUGUUAAUAAAGGUAAUAUAUUAAAAUUACUUGAAUCGAAUAUUAAUCGCAAUAAUCUAAGUAAUAGAUACACGGCUCUUGUAACAGAAAUUGACUUCACACAGCGAGACCUUAACAAUGAAGUCAUCUCCGCACUACCACAUGUUAAAACAAUUAUUGCAGCUGAUGUGAUCUAUGACGACCAGCUAACUCAAGACUUUGUAAAAAUGCUGGACGUACUUCUUGCAUACAAGCACAUUGAAACGGUAUACAUCGCUUUAGAAAAGAGAUAUGUCUUUACAAUAGCAGACUGUGACGUUUGUGCACCAUGCUACGACUUUUUCAUGGACUGCUUAGGGAAGCUAAAGGGAAUAUCAGUUGAAGAAUUACCGAUAAACUUUCCACAAUAUUUUCAAUACGAGCGUGUUAAGGAAUUGGUACUUUUGAAAAUAAAAAAUACAAAAUAAUGGUCGAUUUAUUUU